AUGGAGACCCCUGAAGGCAACACUAACCAAACAACCUACUCCUUGGGAAAUACCAAAAGGAACAUGACUUAUUCCCCAUAUUACUCACACUCACCACCUGUUGCUGCCAUCUACAUUGUCGCUUACCUGUUCAUCUUUGCCUUGUGCAUGGCUGGGAACAGCCUGGUUUGUUUCAUUGUACUGAAAAAUAGCCGGAUGAGGACAGUCACCAACCUGUUCAUUCUCAACCUGGCCAUCAGUGAUCUGCUGGUGGGCAUCUUCUGUAUUCCUACCACACUAGUUGACAAUUUGAUCACAGGAUGGCCUUUCAGCAACAGCAUCUGCAAGAUGAGCGGGCUGGUGCAGGGCAUGUCUGUUUCGUCAUCUGUCUUCACUCUGGUGGCAAUCGCUGUGGAUAGGUUCCUCUGCAUUGUCUACCCAUUUAAAUCCAAGCUCAGCCUCUUCCAGGCACUCAACGCCAUUGCCAUCAUCUGGGUACUGGCUAUUACCAUCAUGUGUCCCUCUGCUAUCAAGCUCACAGUGGCUCAGCAGGAGGACAGCUACAUGGUAUACAAUGGCAAUCAGAGCAUGACCUACCCCUUGUAUUCAUGCUACGAGGCUUGGCCAAAUAGUGAAAUGCGCAAAGUCUACACCACAGUGCUUUUUGCCCACAUCUAUGUUGUCCCGCUGACCCUCAUCACAUUCAUGUAUGGCCGAAUUGGGCUCAAGCUGUACAGGUCCUCAGGUCCGGUGAGUCAGCACCAGGUAGUUUACGAAGGUCAGUGCAACCUGGCGGUUUCUAGAAGGAAGGUGAAGGUCAUCAAAAUGCUUGUCCUCGUGGCUCUGCUCUUCAUGCUCUCCUGGUUACCCUUGUGGACACUGAUGCUGCUCACGGACUAUGCCAAGCUGGAUGAGCAGCACAUAAAUCUGCUUGCGAGUUACGUUUUCCCCUUUGCACACUGGCUGGCAUUCUCCAACAGUAGUGUCAACCCCAUCAUCUAUGGCUACUUCAAUGAGAACUUCAAGAAGGGCUUCCAGGCAGCCUUCAAACUCCAAACCUGCUCUGAUGAAAUGGUCCAUCAAGGGGUCUAUGCCGAGCGGACAACCGUCAGCACGAGUGGAUUUGGUACCCGGAAUAAAAUCUUCACUGAUGGGGAAUCCUCCAAUUCAAAGUGCUUGAAGAACCUGCCCCCUCAAGCUCCUUGUGGUCCACAGGCUGAACAUGGCCAGGGACAAGGACCAGGAAUACUGCUGCAGGAUGUUAACGACAUCACACCCCUGAGCAAAGUUUGCAAAGCUUGGGAUGCCUGA